AUGCGGUUGGCAGGCGUGCAGCUGCCUUUACGGCUUCGGUCAGGCUUGACGCCUUACACACCUCAAUCGGCACGCCUAUGGCAGAGGCAAUUUAUUGCGACCAAGCAUUUCCAUCGCCCGGCAUGCCUACGCGAGCCGCAUACUCCGCGAGAGCUUCCUAGCUUUAUGGAGGCUUACAAAACAGCUGUGGAAUUCCCCUCUGCCACACACGACUUCGAGUCUUUCCUCUCGCAGGCCGAGCCGAAUAUCGAAGUUGUCCUACACGGCUACCUGGGUCAAAGAGCGGACCUUUCUAAGAAGCUCUCCUUCGUGCGCCUUACAGACCCUUCCAUGAAGUACAGUCUACAGAUAGUUGGGUUUGCCAAGAAUGAUGCGUUCGAAAAGCUCAAGGCUAUCAACGCCAAUAGUCCUGUCGCUGUGCGCGGCACGGUACAACAGAAAAAAAGGAAGGCUUCCGAGGAAUCUGGGAAACCUGAAGACUCAUGGGAACUUGCAUUGGAAGAUAUCCAUCCUCUCAACGACUUUCCGAAGGAGAUAAUUAUGACACCGGAAACCGUCUUUGCACCAGAGCAGCGGUACCUUCAACUUCGAUCGGAUGCCGAUCUGCGUGACGCGCUGAGGUUCCGAGCGCAAGUACGAAAUACUUGCAAACAGGAAUUAGAGGAGGGCUGUCAACCGGCGUUUGUGGAAAUUGAAACUCCCUUGUUGUUUAAGUCGACACCGGAAGGAGCUCGGGAGUUUUUGGUCCCAACUCGUCGGGCAGGAUUGGCAUAUGCUUUGCCUCAAAGUCCACAGCAGUACAAGCAGAUCCUGAUGGCAAGUGGUGUUCAUCGCUACUACCAGUUUGCCCGCUGCUUCCGGGACGAGGAUCUUCGAGCUGACCGACAGCCGGAGUUCACCCAGCUCGAUUUAGAGAUGUCUUUCGCAAAGGGCGACGAUGUGAUGCGCACCAUUGAGGGUGUCAUCCGUCGCCUUUGGGCCAACCUGAUGAAAGACUCUGCGCCCGAGGGUCCUUUCCGUCGUGUAUCAUAUCAGGAAGUCAUGGCAAAGUAUGGCUCCGACAAGCCAGACACCAGAUACGGCAUGGAGAUCUUGCGACUCGAUCAUCUGCUUCCAGUUGACCUGGUCAUGAAAAUUUCGCCCCUGAGCGAACCAAUUGUCGAAGCAUUUAAGCUUGAAAGCAAUGACAACGAUCCUGCUGAGACACUCAAAUUCAUCACUCAGUUCCUCGACUCCCCAGCCGGCGCGCCAUUCAACAACAACCCUGAUGGUGGCCCCGGGGUCUUUGUAUACAAUGGAAAGCAGCCCCUCUGCGGCUUGCAGCCCUUCGGUUUUGAAGCUGCAGAGCAGGUGGAGGAGUUGCUCGAGCCUGACCACGGCGACUUGAUCAUUCUUCAAGCUCGUCCGCGUGCCCCCUUCUCUGGCGGCUCAACACCCAUUGGUGAUCUCCGCCGUGCACUUCACGCACAUGCAGUUUCGACAGGCUUCAAGAAUGCCCCCACUGGCUUUGAUUUCAUGUGGGUUGUCGACUUCCCGCUAUUCUCGCCCUCUUCCGAUAGCGAGCCCGGUCAAGGUGGCGCCGCAGGCUUCUCAUCUACUCACCACCCCUUCACUGCUCCCAAGACUGCUGCUGACGUGGAUCUCCUGCUUACCGAUCCUACUCAAGCCGUGGCAGACCAUUAUGACCUUGUUGUGAAUGGCGUUGAACUGGGCGGUGGCAGCCGUCGUAUCCAUGAUGCAGCAGUUCAAGAAUUUAUCCUUCGUGACAUUCUGAAGAUGCCUGCCGAGCGCCUUGCUGACUUCUCGCAUCUGCUUGAUGCCCUCCGCGCAGGGUGUCCGCCUCACGCGGGUCUAGCUCUUGGUUUCGAUCGUCUCGUUGCAGUCAUGCUGGGCAAGGAGUCUGUGCGGGACGUCAUUGCGUUCCCGAAGACUGGCAAAGGUGGCGAUGAUGCCAUGGUUCGGGCACCUAGUCUCAUGACCGAGGAGGCAUUGCAGACCUAUCACCUCAAGCUGAGGGAGUGA